GUUUGUUUUAUCAGGACGAAAAAAAAAUCGAAAAUUUAUUUUGGAUACAGGAAGCAACAUGCUGAGACACUGUAAAUUAGAAAAUAUAUAAAAAUCUGAUAUUAAAAUGGAUAUCAGAUUACCCAGCAUUUCUUCACUGUCAUCAAAACUUCUCCAGAUUCCCUUCAAGACCAGAGUUACUGCCCUUGGCGUAUCUGCAAGUUUUGCACUCAUAGGGCUUAUAGUUGCAAUUCUUAGACGUAACAAACAUGAUAAAGAGAAGAACGAGAAAGAUAAAAAGAGAUCAGAAUUGGCAAGGGGAAGGGAGAGAACUGGUAGAAUUCCUUUACCAAAUAGUCCAAAUGGAGACCUGCCAUAUAGGAGUAGAAGCCCAAGUUCAAUAAGGUCAUUAUUACGUCAGAAAUCACUGUCAGGGUCUACAGGGAGUCUUGGCGCUGUCUCAGUUAGUACUACUUCAACUAUAAUACAUCCUACAGCUGUUGAUACGUCGGACAUGACCUCACAGCAGUUAUGUCAGUUAGGAUUAGAUACCUUACAAAUUGCAAUCACAUACUGGGAGGAUGCAGUGAUGAAGAUGGGAUAUUUAGAUGAUAAUCUCCUCCCAGCUAUAACUGAUCCAGAGACCAGUGCAUUACAGCAUCAUUUAGAACGUCUGUUGGAGAUGGCGUAUCACAUGCAGGACUCGUACGAGAGACAGAUGGAGAAAGAGGCAGACUACGUGGCUUUCGAUACAGCAAUGGCAGCAUUUACUGAAACCGAAAACAUGGCUAAAAAUAGAAGUAUGAGUAUAGGAUCUUCAAGUGACCUUGACUCAUUUGUAUCAGCUACAGAUCUCGCUGAUUUAUCAGAUUUAGAUACUCACAGAGAAAUGUUUAAACAUCUUGUACUGUAUGAGACAGGGUUGUUGGAGCUUAAACAUGGAACUAUUUCAUGCAGAACUCUCAGGACAGAGAUGUCUCAUUGUAUGUCAGAUACAGAAUUUCUUGCUAAACUUCAUUGUAUACGACUUGCUCUAGAGGAUGUUUUUAGAGAUGUUGAAAAUCGAGAUUAUUUUAUAACAAUGGGUAAGAAGAUAAUUGGAGAUCUUCUGUUGCAGGCAGACAGGGAUCCUGAAGAUUUUUAUGCCUCAUACUCAUCCAUGAUGGACUAUGUGAACACUGAAGAGAACUGGAGUAAAAUGGAAGAUGAAUUGAGGGGGCGUGGGGUUAAGAAUUUUACAUUUUAUGAUGUUGUGCUGGAUUUUAUAUUAAUGGAUGCUUUUGAUGAUCUAGAAAACCCGCCAUCUUCCGUAAUAGCCGUAUGUAACAAUAGAUGGUUGUCAAAUGGCUUUAAAGAAACUGCAUUAUCGACAGCUGUAUGGUCAGUAUUAAAAGCAAAGAGAAGAAUGCUUAAGUACCCCAAUGGCUUUAUAUCUCAUUUUUACAACAUCUCGGAGUCUGUAAGUCCUGUGUUAGCAUGGGGAUUUCUAGGACCAGAAUCAAAACUAAAAGAUAUUUGCUCAUAUUUCAAGGAUAUAGUGUUAGGUUUUAUUCGGGAUAUGUUCAGUUUUGAGAAGGCCAGAUAUACAAGUAUAGAAGAACUUUCGGAAGAUAUUGUAAAACUUGCCAAGUCUCGAAUGGAACUAGUCUUACAGAAGCUGAAACCGGAACCGGUGUGAUACUACAUGUAUCUCACAUUUUGUUAAACCGG